UUCUCAUUCGAAAGCGAGGUUAUUUGCAGAAGGGGGUUUUCCAAUGUCGGAGAGCCGCACGUGUGUGCAAUGUCACGUAGAAAUUUCACUGGUCUGACGUGGUCUGUUGUUUCCAGACUUGCCGGUGUCAACAAAUUUGGAAGAAGGAGACAUGAAGCGAAGCGAGAGUUUUGUACACAAGAGCCACAAGACAUCAAAGAGUUGUUCAUGCGGCACCUGACAUCUCGAAUCAAGGCAAACGGACCACUCACUGUCGCAGAGUACAUGAAAGAAGUCCUUAUUAACCCUGUUACUGGUUACUACAUCAAUAAUGAGGUUUUUGGACGCAGUGGAGACUACAUCACCUCACCAGAAAUCAGUCAGCUGUUUGGAGAGUUGAUAGGAGUGUGGUGUGUGCAUGAAUGGCAACAAAUGGGUAAACCAGACAAAUUACAGAUUGUAGAACUCGGACCUGGGAGAGGAACUCUAGCAGCUGAUAUGAUGUCGGUUUUUGCACAGUUCAAGGACUUUAACAAAGCUGUAUCCCUCCACCUGGUAGAAGUCAGUCCUAAUAUGAGACAGCUUCAGUCCCAGAUUCUGACAGGGGAAACAACUCCUGACAACAAAGCAGCUGAAGAGUACCAAAGCCAGAAAACCAAGUAUGGACCAGAUGUACACUGGUAUAGGUUCCUAGAGCAAGUUCCCCAGGAAUGUUCCUGCUUCAUUGCCCAUGAAUUCUUUGAUGUUUUACCUAUAUAUAAAUUUCAGAAGAAGGAUGGUGAGUGGAAUGAGAUUCUGGUGGACGUCCAGGAGGGAGGGGGCCUACGAUUUAUCAUGUCACGAGGACCCACCCCCAAUACAAAGGCGUUCCUUACUCAUCUGUCGGAGUCUGAUGAGAGAGACCAUGUGGAGGUGAGCCCAGAGGGUGGGUCUGUCGUACAGAAGAUGUCACAGACGAUCAGUGAUCACGGUGGACGGGCUCUCAUUGUGGACUAUGGACAUGAGGGAACAAAGACUGAUACAUUUAGGGGUUUUAAAGAUCACAAACUGUAUGACCCGCUAGAGAAGCCAGGCUCUGCAGAUCUCACUGCUGAUGUAGACUUUGCCUAUCUGAAGCACUGUUGUGGAGAUAAAGUGAAAACAUUUGGACCUGUUACACAGAAUAAUUUUCUGAAUGGAAUGGGGAUUGGAGUCCGUCUACAGGCCUUGCUGCAGAAUGUUUAGACACCAACAAAGAAAAUUGAGAGUGUCAGAAGACUGAUGCAUCCACAGGAAAUGGGACACGCCUUCAAAUUCAUGGCCAUUGCUCCCCAAAACACAGACUAUGUACCCCCAGGAUUCAUGCCAUUGACAGCUCAUACAGAACAAAAGUCAAAAUGAAGUGUUUAUUAAUGUAUUAAAUGUUUCUGUACCCCAAUAUUUAACAAUAAACAUACUUAAUUAUAUGCC